CGAGGGUCACCCGGGAAUCCGCAGCUUGCGAAAACUGUGGGCAUAACACUAACGAUGCAGGCACUUCCGCCGUCCGUACUAGCAGACUGUAUCCCCUUUAAGAGACCCCUCCUUCAUUGAGUGUUUCCUCCAUUUUAUCUCUUUCAGCGCGGUUCUCUAUCACACAAUGAGACCCUUCAGAUUUUCCAGAGGGACUCGAUUGAGCACCGUCCCACUUGCGCCAAGAAAGAACUCAGAUGCUUUCUUGUCGAACAGAUGCCUGAAAGUUGUGGCAAGUCGAACAUUGCAAUGGGCGCCUGCAAGGGCAUAUGGGACUGUCCUGAGCCCGCCGUCAGCAACAGGUGAACCUUAUUGGCACAAAAUCGGCAGGUGGCGGCACAUUUCAGCGGAACAGUUUAUCUCGUAUAGCUGGCAAAUCGACAACGCUCUCACUACCGAAAAGAAGCUGACCACAUUUUUGGAGGAGGUCCUUCCGGAAAAACUUGCGCCUUCUAAGAACCGAAGAUUACAGCACAUCAAAACCAAGCAGGAUUUCAUUGAUGAUGUUGUCAAGGGACUCAGGAAGGCGCCUAUGGCGGUCAAGCUCACUCCGCAUAUCAGCUCAGUGAUUCAGUGGGAGCAUGCUCUCGAUGACCCCAUUCGUCUCCAAUUUGUUCCUCUUGGAUCUGGACUCGUUCAGGACCACGCCAAACUGAAGCUCGACUCUCUGAACGAGAAGGAUGAUUCAGUGGUAGAUGGACUUGUGCAUAGAUAUCCAGACAAGGUCCUAUUUCUCGCCACGGGCACCUGCCCUGUUUACUGCCGCUUUUGCACACGCUCAUACGCUGUGGGGAAUCCCACAGACACAGUCACGAAGGAUCCCUUGCGAGGUGGACGCAGACGUUGGCAGAAGAUGUAUGACUACAUUCGAGAAACUGAAUCCAUUACGGACGUGGUUGUGUCUGGGGGUGACACCUUCUACCUACCACCACAGGCCGUCAAAGAGAUUGGUGAGACCCUGUUAGCGAUGCCACACGUUCGACGCAUCCGUUUCGCCUCCAAAGGGCUCGCUGUGGUUCCAUCUCGCUUUCUGGAUCCUAAUGACAAUUGGACAGCCACCUUCAUUGAACUAUCCAAUUUUGCACGCACAUUAGGAAAACACGUUUGCUUGCAUACACAUUUCAAUCAUCCGAAUGAGAUCACCUGGAUUACGAAAGCGGCAGCACAGCACCUUUUUCAAAACAAUGUAAUAGUCAGGAACCAGUCUGUCCUCCUGAAAGGGGUCAACGAUGACGUCGAGACAAUGGGAACUUUGAUCAGGACUCUUGCUGACCAUAACAUACAACCGUACUACGUAUACCAAUGUGACCUCGUCAAAGGCAUCGAGGAUUUGCGCACCCCGCUCAAGGUUAUUCUGGAUAUGGAACAGCAACUCCGUGGAACUAUCGCAGGGUUCAUGAUGCCUUCCUUUGUCGUCGAUCUCCCCGGCGGCGGUGGUAAGCGCCUCGCAGCCGCUCGUGAGACCUACGACGAGGUGACUGGCGUGUCGACAUUCAAGGCUCCGGCACUGUUGGGCAAGAAGGGUCAGAUGAUCUACGAAUAUCAUGAUCCCAAGCCUGUCCUCGACACGAUACCCGUGCCUAUUCGCGACACGAAACCUAUACCGGCGUACGAGCCUACCGUCGAUCCAGAACCUGCACCUCAGCCCAAACGUGUGCCGGUGCAGACUCCACAAACUCCCGCAUAUCCCGUCUGGCGCGACUUUCCGCGACCGGCGUUUCCUGAUAUGCCCGCAGUUUUGUGCGAGACAAACGUGCCAGAGCGGAACUUGGGUGUAGCCACAGCAUGAGUGGUGAUGCGUGUCUUGCGGCGAAGGCACAAAAGUCGCAAGCAAUCCCUAACGGACGUCACCAUCGAGGUACAUACACACAUAACGAUCACGUAAAGGAAAAUCCAGAUCAGCACACGACCUCAUUACGGUUUCAUAUCUAUCGGACGUACUGGGUAGGACAGGCAACAAGGAUGUGCUUUAACCAUUUCUCUGCAUAGCGAGGGUGUGCUAAGGACCAAUAGCAUUUCAGUCAUGAUCAGAUUGAUACCACCUUUCCUUGGUUCAGGCACGGCGUUUCCGAAUCCUCGUUUUACAAAAGCACUGGUCCAGUCGAUUACUCGGUGCGCAUGUUGAUGGCUUGGAGCAUAUGUAUGUUGGUUCCCGUGAUGAUCACUG